GUGUGUCCUGUAGCGGGCGGUGCCGUGUUUGUACUUCCGGUGUGUUUGACCGUUUCACAAGCAGCAGCAAAGAAUGGAGAGAGACGAGACUCCGCUGUUAGCCUGAAACAUCAGGAACAACAAGCCCAAAACCUCACAACAAGCUCCAGGGAUCCGUGUAACAUUCGUGGUGAGGAACACACCAGCUGCACCCUCGUCGUCUGGAUUUACUCAUAGCGGAGGUCUUCCACCUUCACCUUCCUGUGACAAAUGUUGAGGCCGGAGAUCAGCCUGUUGAAGAGCUGUUAAAGGUUACAGGUUGAGGACGUGGAGGAGUGUAGGGUUAGCUGUGCCGCGUCGUGUCUCAUGAGAGUGACUGUGCCAUCCAGGCACUCCUAGUGACCAGGGCUGUGGCUGUGGUGGGCCCGGCCCAGGAGGCCUUCCUGUACAUCAGUCUGGGCACCCGCUGACCUCUGCUGCUCUCACCAUGGAUCAACAAAGAGACAAAUAUGGUGAGCGGCCCGCUAGGGCGACCAAAGUGUCCCAGGGAAGCCGCAGUGGACAUUCGUCCAGACCAUCCGGCUCCUCCAGCUCCUCUGGGGUGCUCAUGGUGGGGCCAAAUUUCCGUGUGGGCAAGAAGAUUGGCUGUGGAAACUUUGGUGAAUUGAAGCUUGGUAAAAAUCUCUACACCAACGAGUAUGUAGCCAUUAAACUGGAACCAGUGAAGUCAAGGGCACCACAGUUGCAUUUAGAGUACCGAUUCUACAAAACACUGGGAACCACAGCUGAAGGCGUGCCCCAGGUGUUUUAUUUUGGACCCUGUGGGAAAUACAAUGCCAUGGUUCUGGAGCUGCUGGGCCCGAGUCUAGAGGAUCUCUUCGACCUCUGUGACAGGACCUUUUCACUGAAGACUGUCUUAAUGAUAGCUAUUCAGCUGAUUUCUCGAAUGGAAUACGUGCACUCUAAAAACCUCAUCUACAGAGAUGUAAAACCUGAAAACUUUCUCAUUGGACGGCAAGGGAACAAAAAGGAACACAUAAUCCACAUCAUCGACUUUGGUCUGGCCAAAGAGUACAUCGACCCCGAGACCAAAAAACACAUUCCUUAUCGGGAGCAUAAGAGCUUAACUGGGACCGCCCGAUAUAUGUCUAUCAAUACACAUUUAGGCAAAGAGCAAAGCCGGCGAGAUGACCUGGAGGCUUUAGGCCACAUGUUCAUGUAUUUCCUUCGUGGCAGUCUGCCUUGGCAAGGAUUAAAGGCUGAUACAUUGAAAGAACGAUACCAGAAAAUAGGAGACACUAAGCGAAACACUCCCAUUGAGGUCCUCUGUGAGAACUUCCCAGAGGAAAUGGCCACCUACCUGCGAUAUGUGAGACGGUUAGACUUCUUUGAAAAGCCUGACUAUGAAUAUCUGAGGACCCUGUUCACUGAACUGUUUGAGCGAAAAGGAUACACCUUUGACUACACCUACGACUGGGUUGGCAGGCAGAUACCCACACCAGUGGGGUCUGUGCACAUAGACUCUGGAGCGUCUGCUGUCACAAGAGAGAGCCAUCCUCACAGAGAUCGACCUUCACAGCACCAACCAAUCAGAAAUCAGACAGCGGUGUCAGAUCGACGAGGAGCAUGGGAGGUGCAGCCCACACGGCAAGCAAACUCGUCCUAUCUGACCUCCCACCUGGCAGCGGACAGGCACGGGGGCUCAGUGCAGGUGGUCAGCUCGACCAACGGGGAGCUGAACGCAGACGAUCCGCUGGCAGUUCAUUCCAACGCUCCGAUUACAGCUCAGGCAGAGGUGGAAGUGGUCGACGAGGCCAACUGCGUGAAAAUGCUCAACCUGUGGUGCUGCUGCUUCUUCAAGCGAAAACGGAAGAAGAACACGCCAAGGCACAAAUGAUCACCCACCACCGGCCUGAAACCAUCCAAGUGUCCGGCUCAGUUGAUUGUGAAUUCAGAAAUCAAUAAGGUCCCAUUCAGAACAAAAGGGGGAGACGACUGAGAGAUCUUGAUUGAAUUGUUCUUUGGAGGGACCCGUCAACAAUGGUUUAUUGAGAUGUACAAGAUGCUUGUGUCUUUUUCGAUGGGAGUUCUUUUUUUAAUUAGUCAUUUUUUUAUUUUUCCAUCUCCGAGCUGUUUUGCAGGCCAGUCGUCCAAACAGGGAGCCUUUGUGUUGGAAGUAUGCAGAGGAUAAUCCUGUUUUCUUCCCCUCCUCAAGACACCCAGCAUUUGUAUUUCCCACCUUUGGGCACAUUUUGUUUAACCCAUUGCUGUCCUCAGUGGUAUUAUGAAGGAAGAGAGAUCUUCCUGAGGAAAUCUUCAAAUCAUCUGCAUACCAUGAUUUCUCUGUGUGACUCAUGGAGUCAUUUUUAUUACUCAUUUGUCAAAUCCUGGAUCAGAGUGGUCUGCCCCCCCCCUGGUUAGUUUGGAUCUUUUUAUUUGACACAAAGCCCAUGUGGUUGCUUCCUGAUGUGGGACUGAAUGUAAACAUGAACGCAUGAGGAACCAAGAGCAUAACAACCUGGCAUCACAUCCAGAAACAGAGAGCGUCAAUCUGACACUUUGGCCCCUGCACUUUUUUUUCCUCCAAAGAGGUCAACCAACCCUGGCACUGGGACCUGGGCCCGAGAGAACAGGAGCCCAGCGAUGCCUCCUGCACUGUGUUCUCUGAGGAGGACUUCUGCUCACGCUGCUUGGUUUAAGCACUCCCCUUAGCCACGCCGCUGUUUAAACACACUACAGUCUCAUUUCUGCUCCUGUCUGCUUUGUGAUGAUGAGUCGCUACCUGACACUUAAAGACGGGGCUGAAACAAAUGCUAUUUAUGCUAUUUAUCUCUUAGUUGCCACCAGUUUUCUUACUAAUUCUUAAACAUACACACUGAAUGUAUGGACAGAAAAGUAAAUGACUUUGGCAUUUAUGUAAACUGUCUUGCGCAUGGGAAGGAAAUUACAUUUAAAGGAGUUAAGACCAAUGUUUUAUAAUGGAAAGAGACCAAAAUAAGUGGACUGGAGGGUGGAAGCAUCUUAAAUGAUCGUAAUCAUGUGAUGGUCAAUAAAAGACUCUACACCAGUACACACUGGGGGAUGUUGCUUUGGAGUGACGAGAGAAACUGGCGUGAUGUGCUUUGGAGAUGAAUCACAGCCUCUCGAAGCUGCAGUCCAAUGCCUUAACCCCAACCGACCAGUCCACCACCAUGUCACAUCACCACCUGGAGAAGUUGGCCUCACGACAACACAACUUUCGCGGUCACCUGUAUAGUGAAGCCCGAAGUUGUGGAUUGUUUCAGCUUGUAUUAGAGCAGUUAAUGACUUCCUUGUAACACUGAAGAUGUAUUUCCAAGAGAGAGAGAGAGAGAGAUGCCAAAUGGAAGGUUCUUUGUAGUAAUAGGUAACUGUGUUUGGAUGUCCCUGCCCCUGCGUGUCCAGUCUGAAAACCCCUGUGCUGCAAAGCCAUGUUUCAUGUGUUCGGACGACUCUGCUGAACUCCCUAACCCUCUCCCUCGAGGCAGAGAGACCCUGAACCUGAACGUGAGCGAGGGCGGAUAAGUGAACAUGUCCAUACCAUUCUUUAUUUUUUGUUGUAUAGUGUCAUGGAGGACUGCCUUGAAAACAAUAUCCUCUACAUGUCACCUUGCCUAUCCUCCUAACAGAGAGUGAAUUACCGUGCAUAGGUGUUUUAUUUUUUUAUUUUAUAUCUUGCUAAUGUGAAUUUUUUGUUAAUGCAAUUUUAGUUUUUUCUUUCCAUUCCAAAUAGCCAUGGUUUUAUGGGGAAAGAGAGGGUAACAAAAAAAGCUUGAGACCAUGACUGCACUACAUUUGUUGACCCAGGCUUUCCCUGACGAGACCCCGCCUUCUUAAUACUGUACUUUAAAUGUGCUUAUUACUUUAAUCGUAGCCACCAUGUAUGCGAGGCCUUCCCUAUAGGGUGCAGGGAAUACACUUUAAAUCCAUCUUUGUUCCCACCCGCUCCUUUGUUUUUUUUGUGCCAUGACCCCCCCCAUCUUCUCUGCACACACACACACACACACACACACACACACACACACACACACACACACACACACACACACACACACACACACACACACACACACACACACACACACACACACACACACACACAGAUGCACACGCACACAUACGCAUGCAUGCACACACUCACACAUGCAAGUCUUACAUGAAUCAAGCCUCCGUGGAGCGUUCGAUGCAGCGUUUUGUGGACUUGCACCAUCAUCUUUAGAAAUGUUGUAGAUGUUGCAAACUCUCAAUGAAUCAGUAUGUAAACCUGCUUGUUGCGUGUAUUUACACUGUAUAGCUUUGGGUUCAUUCUUACCCCCCUGACAUGUCAGUUACUCCGGGGUCUAAGUUAUUGUGUUAUUAAAAGUACUUGAAUAUUAAAAUCUACGGGACCUUUUCUGUUUUGUUUUUUAGCUUUAUUUUCUCGAUCAUUCUCAUCGUGAUUCCACACAAAGGAUUUUAGGAGGAGAAUGAGAAGAACAGGCUAUUUGAAUGACAGGUAUUCAUGAAUUUGAGAUGUCUUUAGUGCCUCUUGAGUGUGUUGGACAGGUGAUGUCUGUCAGACUCACCUGAGGAGCUGGGUGCUGGUUGUUGUGAAUGACCAGAUGGGGGUUGUCAUUGUUUAAACCCAGGAAAGGGGCAGCUAGAUGUUCGUUUGGAGGUUCAAAUCACUUGUUUGUCUUUGUGAAACAUUCAACAUAAUGUUUGUGAGUUUUCUAAAAUACUUCAGUUCUUGUUUCCAAACAUCAAUCCUUUAACGUCUGCUGCCUAAACCUCCCCACAAAGCCUCAGCAGCACCCAGACAGUUUGAGUCCAGCUACUUGAGAAAGCUGAAAGUAUUCUGUGUAGUAAGAUGGAUAUCCAGACUAUUUAGCCUUCAAAGUUCCCCUCUGAAUUCCCCGAGUGCCAUUCCUGAGACUACUACUAGCCCAUGCCUUUUACCUGUGCCAGGAAAAUAAUGAAGAAUGUUUUUUGACCAUCGCAUUCCACCUCGUGUUCUUGAUGUGUCCACUGUCAUUUUGAAAACCCGCAGAGAGCACCGUGGCUCCAUUCAGUACCAAGAAGUGUUGUUGGAGAAGUUGAAGAGAAAGACAAAGUGUUUGAUGAGUCGUCUCUGUUGGUUUUUUAACGUUUUGUGUUGUAAAUGAACAGAAUAUGGUUUAUUAUUUCAGAGUUGAAUUUGUGACUGGUCGUCUUUGCAGCAUCCGCUCCUUCCUCAAACUCGCCUCGCUCUUUAGCUCACAGCUGAAACAGUAGAUAUAGAUAUAUUACUCUGAUGUAUUUACUUUAACUCUCUGGGCCUCAUACAGAGCUAUAUAGGAACGUUCUGUAUGGUUCCUACCUGCAUGGCUUAUCUGGAGACGACAGCGGGCGAUCUCUCCAGUGAACUCUCACCUGUAGGGCUCAUAUACCUGUUUGGUCAGUGAGACGUUAUGGCUUCCAGUCCCCAUGUAAAAGAAGAUCUUCUUCAUGUCUUUCACAGCGCGUACCAUGUCCAUCUCCAUUACUCCUGAUGUACUCUUCUCGUCAGUCAGACUUGUGUUUAUGGCUUUGGUGGUGUGUAGCUCUCACUGCUGUGUAAAUCAAAGCUAAGGACAGUUGGAGUGUGAAUGAAUGGCUUCGGUCUCUUUUGGUUCUCUGGCACUUUUCCUUGUUGCUGUACUGUAGAAUCGUCUUGGAUUACUGUAUAUUUUUCUUUGAGGGAGAGGUUAAGGGUGACAUUUACUGCAAUAUUGUGAUGAUUAUUUGAAAAUUGUAAAUUGUACAGAGUUCACAAUUACACUCUUUGUUCUUUCUGUUUGGUUUCCGUAUCAAGAUGUAUUCUUUGAUUUUUUUUUUUUUCCCUCCCUCUCAGACUGUGGAAAUUGUACAGCUCCAAGAGUUUAUCCUCCCCUCAGCAUUGUUUUUUUUUUCAGAGUUAUGAUUAAGAGAAAUCUUAAAACUGUAAAUAAAUAUUAUUGUGUUGAAAUAUGAAUGUCACUUCAAAAAUGUAUUUGAAUGAGUUAGUCAAGGGCUUCAAGAAUGAAGGACCCACAUUUCUUCUUUUUAUGGUUUCAUAUUUUUAAUUUACAGAAAGGUAAAGGUCCUUUUUAUCUGAGAUGCCUAUGUUUUUUUCCUCCUUGGAUUCGUAUACUACAAUGUUUCACACAUGAACCUUAUAAAUCACUUUUUAUUCCCUCCACACCUAAAGGGAAACUCCAGUUUGCACCCUUUUUUAUGUAAAAUAAAAGAUCUCUCCACCUUG